AUUAUGUUUCGACCACCAAGUACACAGCUCUGAAUUUCAUACCCAAGUCAUUGUUUGAGCAAUUUAGGAGAGUGGCCAAUAUAUACUUUCUUGUAGUGGCUUGUGUUUCUUUUAGUCCCUUGGCCCCAUUUGGUGCUACUAGUAUUCUUUUUCCUCUUUUGGUGGUGAUUGGAGCAACCAUGGCGAAGGAGGGUGUGGAAGAUUGGAGGCGUAGGAAACAGGAUAUUGAGGCAAAUAAUAGGAAGGUUCAAGUGUAUGGUAGAAACCAAACUUUUGAAGAAACCAGGUGGAAGAAUUUACGAGUUGGUGAUCUUGUUAAGGUCUACAAGGAUGAAUAUUUUCCUGCUGAUCUUUUUCUUGUCUCAUCAAGCUAUGAAGAUGGGAUUUGUUAUGUUGAGACAUCAAAUCUUGAUGGAGAAACCAAUCUGAAGGUGAAGCAUGCCUUAGAUGUCACAGCCUCCAUCCACGAUGAGAGUUCAUUUCAGAAUUUCAAAGCAGUGAUCAAGUGUGAAGACCCAAAUGAUGAUCUUUAUGCAUUUGUUGGAACUUUGUGCCAUGGUCGCCAAUAUCCUCUUUCUGUGCAACAAAUUCUUUUGAGAGAUUCUAAACUCCAAAAUACUGAUUAUAUCUAUGGUGUGGUGAUUUUUACGGGUCAUGACACAAAAGUUAUGCAAAAUACUACAGACCCUCCUUCCAAGAGGAGUAAGAUUGAGAGGAAAAUGGACAAGAUAAUCUACAUCCUUUUCAGUACCUUGAUUAUGAUGUCUUCUGUUGGUUCUGUAUUUUUUGGGAUUGAGACCAAAAAUGAUAUCCAUGAUGGGAAAUUAACAAGGUGGUAUCUGGACCAGACCAUAUUUAUUAAUCAAGAUCAGGAUAUGUAUUUUGAGGAAACAGAUAAGCCAGCUCGUGCACGGACAUCUAAUUUGAAUGAGGAACUUGGUCAAGUUGAUACCAUCCUUUCUGACAAAACAGGUACUUUGACAUGUAACUCCAUGGAGUUUGUUAAGUGUUCUAUAGCAGGCAUUGCCUAUGGUCGUGGCUUGACGGAAGUAGAGAGGGCUUUAGCAAAGAAAAAAGGGGGAGGGCCUCCUGAAGUUGGUGAUACUUCCUUCGAUGCAGAAGGGUCUAAUGCUGAGCUUGUGGACACAGGCAGAUCAAUUAAAGGCUUUAACUUCCAAGAUGAACGGAUUAUGAAUGGUCAAUGGGUUAAGCAAACUCAUUCCAAUGUUAUACAGAAAUUCUUCAGAGUCCUAGCUCUCUGUCACACUGCCAUUCCUGAUGUCAAUCAGGAUACAGGUGAAAUUUCUUAUGAAGCUGAAUCCCCAGAUGAAGCCGCUUUUGUAAUUGCUGCUAGAGAACUUGGUUUUGAAUUCUAUGAAAGAACUCAAACAAGUAUCUCACUGCAUGAACUGGACCGUGAAAGUACAACUCAAGCAAAAUUUAAGUUGGAAGCAAAAGAAAUAUGA